UAAGUGCGUGCGUAACGGCGAUCGGGCGGACCUCCAACGGUAUUAUAAUAUUGUAUCAUUCCACUGCUGCCGAUCGUCACGACCCUCGUACGACUACGUCGAAGUCUCCCGUGUCAUCAACUAGUCAGAUCAAAACUAACUGAAAUAAAAAUGAAAUCCAUCGCAGCCGUGGUGUGUACUCUUCUUCUAGUCUCUACAAUAAUAUCAGCUGCUCCAUCUUACAUGGACUACGAGAACGCCAAAGAUCUGUACGAACUGUUGUUGCAAAGGGAUCUAAUAGACUCCAUGGGAAACUCUUUGAUCGAUCCCAAUCAACAUCGCAUGGUCCGCAAAAACCAGAGAUCUCCAUCACUGAGGUUAAGGUUCGGACGCCGAAGUGAUCCGGCGCUCUAUCAGAACGCCUUAAAUGCAGAAUACCACAACGACUCAGAUGUGAAUUAAAUGCGACCUUCAUCAGAAGUUAUAUUAUACUCUUCUUAUUUAAAAUCAUUCGCUUCGUUGUAAGACCCUUAAUUUGUUUAUAUUUUACAUUCUUACCAGUGCUUUUUCAACCAAAUUGUACCUUUACUCUUUAGUAUACAUUUUAGUGAUUACAGAUUUUUUAGUGUAGUUGAUUGUAUUCCAUUUUAGAUUUAAGUAAAUUUUACAUUCCCUAUAAAAAAGUAUUUGUUUACUCCGCAGAUUAACAUUACUCAUAAAUAUAUUAUGUGGAAAUAACAGUCAUAAUUUAUUUUGUUAAUACUUCAAUAAUAACAUUAUUAGGUAUGAUUCUUAUUAUAAUUAUCAUCAUUACAAUAAUUGAUAACCUACUCUACGUCUUUACCUACUCUAAACCAAAUUAAAAAAAAAAAUAGGUUGAGCCUUACGUGAAUUUCCGAGUAAUAUUUUUUUCUCAGAUGCUACUAUACCUAUUCUACCGCAGAAUUAAAAAAACAAUAAUACUUUAUACAUAAAAUAAUGAUAAUACCAAGUACUAUAGGUACUAGGUACCUACUAAUAAUAAAUAACGUGGUUAUGGAAAUUCGUGUACGGUUUUUGGAGUGAAUAAUGUUUAUAAAACGAGUAUAACAUAAUAUUUAAACUUAUAACUAUUAAAGAAAUAUUACAUUUUAUU